UGCCCUCUGUUGGCCUGUGCUGUUUGUCUCCGGUGCAGCAGGGGGCGCUGCCAACCCGCGACACUCUUAGAAAAGAAAAAAAACCCCAACGAUACCGACAUCAGACUUCCGUGUUCCGGAGUCCGCAAGUUAGUGCAGGAGGGGAAAGAAGAAAAAAAUAUCCCAAAAUGGGUUUCGUCAAAGUGGUGAAGAACAAGGCCUACUUCAAGCGCUACGAAGUCAAAUUCAGGAGGAGGAGAGAGGGGAAAACCGACUAUUUUGCCCGCAAACGCUUGGUUGUGCAGGACAAGAACAAGUACAACACCCCCAAGUACCGGAUGAUUGUCAGGUUCUCCAACAGGGACAUCUGCUGUCAGAUUGCCUAUGCGAAGAUUGAGGGAGACCAUAUCGUUUGUGCUGCUUACUCUCAUGAGCUGGCCAAGUAUGGUAUCACAGUGGGCCUCACAAACUAUGCUGCUGCUUACUGCACCGGGCUGCUGCUGGCUCGCAGGCUACUGCAAAAGUUCGGCAUGGACCAGGUGUACGAGGGCCAGGUGGAGGUGACGGGAGAUGAGUUCAACGUAGAGAGCGUGGAUGGGCAGCCUGGUGCCUUCACGUGUUACCUGGACGCAGGUCUGGCCAGAACCACUACAGGGAACAAAGUGUUUGGAGCACUAAAGGGGGCGGUUGAUGGCGGACUUGCCAUUCCUCACAGUCUGAAACGUUUCCCCGGCUACGACACAGAGAGUAAAGAGUUCAACGCAGAGGUGCAUCGGAAACACAUCAUGGGCAUGAACGUGGCCGACUACAUGUCCUACCUGAUGGAGGAGGACGAGGAGGCCUACAAGAAACAGUUCUCGCGCUUCAUCAAGAACGGAGUCACUCCAGACACGGUUGAAGAAAUGUACAAAAAAGCACACGCCGCCAUCAGAGCGAACCCUGUACACGAAAAGAAACCCAAAAAAGACGUCAAGAAGAAGAGGUGGAAUCGCGCCAAGUUAUCUCUGGCACAGAGGAAGGACCGCGUCGCCCAGAAAAAGGCCAGCUUCUUACGAGCGCAAGAGCAAGAAGCAGGGGACGGUUAGGGCCUCUGCAGAGAAAAUACAGCUCACAUUGCAGACAAAUAAAUUUAUUUCAAACUCC